GUACGGCUGCGUCGCUAUUUCUAGCGACCUGUUCCGGUUUCUAGACCAACAUUAUCUCAGAAAGCUGUCCAUCCUAUCCUUUUCCAUGGCUGUUGCUACUGUUGCGAAGAAUGUUAUUAGGUUUGGCACAUGUAUCGGAGCCGUAUACUAUUCAGUUGCCGAAGGUGUUUGGAGCACUUCUGAUCAAAGCGUGGGUCCGGCCUCAAAAGUAAAGCACCGGCUGUUACCUCAAACAUUCACCUUCAUAAAUGACGUGGCUACCUUAUCGGAUAUGUUCUACGUGGAACCACUACGUAUCGGUUACUUUUGAUGCCUUGAAGAAUUACAAGUCUACCGCAUGUUCUGUGAAGAAAUACGUGAAGUCAUUUCGCUCUAAUAACUAAGUUUUCAACAGACCUUACUUUAUUGAGUUGACGGCACUAUGCUGCUGUUGAAAUAGAAGUAUAUUUUGCUGA